GGUUUUAGCUUGCAGAGAAAAAAAAAAAAAACAAAAAACUCUGAAAAAACAAAAGAAAAUGGCGCGAAGCACACUCUCUUUCCCGGGGAAUGUUCCCGCAUUUCACGCCCUCAUCUUCCUCGUGCUUCUCUCACCAAUCAGCGCCGGACACGACUAUCACGACGCUCUUCGCAAAAGCAUACUCUUCUUCGAAGGCCAACGCUCCGGCAAGCUUCCUCCCGACCAGCGUCUCCGAUGGCGCCACGACUCCGCAUUGCACGACGGUGCCACCGCCGGAGUGGACUUGACGGGCGGUUACUACGAUGCCGGGGACAAUAUAAAGUUUGGAUUCCCGAUGGCUUUUACGACGACAUUGCUUUCGUGGAGCAUUAUUGACUUCGGGAGGAAUAUGGGACCGGAGCUCAAGAACGCCGUCAAGGCCGUGAAAUGGGGUACGGACUAUCUGCUUAAAGCUACGACUAUACCCGACGUCGUAUUCGUUCAGGUCGGCGACGCUUACUCGGACCAUAACUGUUGGGAGAGACCGGAAGAUAUGGAUACGCUUCGUACGGUGUACAAGAUUGAUAAGAACCAUCCGGGCUCUGACGUGGCAGGCGAGACAGCAGCUGCUUUGGCCGCUGCUUCCAUUGUAUUCAGAUCACGUGACCCUGCCUACUCCAGAUUGCUUCUCAAUCGUGCCGUUAGGGUAUUCGAGUUUGCUGACAGACACCGGGGUGCGUAUAGCACCAGCCUAAGGUCUGCAGUUUGCCCUUUUUACUGCGACGUGAAUGGUUAUCAGGAUGAGUUGCUGUGGGGAGCAGCGUGGUUGCACAAAGCCUCGAGAAGACGCCAGUACAGAGAAUACAUAGUGAGAAACGAGGUCGUACUGAGGGCUGGAGAUACCAUUAACGAGUUUGGUUGGGAUAACAAGCAUGCGGGGAUUAACGUCCUCAUUUCCAAGGAAGUGUUGAUGGGAAAAGCAGAAUAUUUUGAAUCAUUCAGGCAAAAUGCCGAUGGGUUUAUCUGCUCUGUAUUGCCUGGAAUUUCUCACCCUCAAGUUCAAUAUUCUCCAGGUGGCUUAAUAUUCAAGGCAGGAGGGAGUAACAUGCAACAUGUAACAUCUCUGUCUUUCCUACUUUUGGCCUAUUCUAGUUAUCUGAGCCACGCCGAAAAGAUUGUGCCAUGUGGCGAAACAUCCGCCUCCCCUGCCCUUCUCAAACACUUGGCUCAUCGUCAGGUGGACUAUAUUCUGGGAGAUAACCCACUGCAGAUGUCGUACAUGGUGGGAUAUGGUGCACGCUACCCAAGGAGGAUUCAUCAUAGAGGAAGCUCGCUACCAUCGGUUCAGGUCCACCCGGCCCAUAUUGGGUGCAAAGCCGGGUCUCGGUUUUAUCUGAGCCCAAAUCCGAAUCCCAAUGUGUUGGUUGGAGCUGUAGUGGGUGGGCCCAAUAGCUCAGAUGCUUUCCCAGACUCGAGGCCUUUCUUUCAAGAAUCGGAGCCCACAACAUACAUUAAUGCACCGUUGGUGGGGCUUCUAGCAUAUUUUUCAGCCCACCCUUGAUUUCCACAAAAAUGUAAAGGAAAGGAAAGGUGAUGAAUUGUAGUAGUGGUGCGCUAAAUGGGUCACCCUGCCAAUUAUUAUGAAAGAUUCUAAUUGUUCCCAAUCAAAUCAAUCAAUGAAGGCAGCUAAAAAAAAAAAAAAAAAAAAAAUUGUUGCAUUUUUACUUAGCCAAAGACAAAUUGAAUGGUAGCAUUAAAUAUGAAGUUGGUUUUUCUUCUUCUUCUUAUUA